GCAGGAGCGAAGGUCGCCCAGGCAGAGACUGCGCCAGCGGGCGGCCGGCUGCCCAGAGGGUCCUGGACGCCUGACAGGCUCGGACCCUCCUGCCAGCUGACGGCCGCCAAGAUGGGGGCUUGGGUCUUGCUGCUGCCGCUGCUCAUGGCCAUGGCCCAGGCCCAGGCCCAGGCCCAGGUCUGCUCUGUGGCCAAGAACCUCUUUGAAGUCAAGGAGAACACGAAUCUCAGCGGACCCCUGGUGACUGUAGACGUCCCCCAGGGCCAGCAGGUGACCCUCGCAGCCUCGUCCACUCCCUUCGCGUUUCGGAUCCAAGGGAACCAGCUGUUUCUCAACGUGACUCCUGAUUAUGAGGAGAACGCAUUGCUGCAGGCAGACCUGGAGUGCAAAAGGGGUGACACCGUGGUGACCCAGCUGAGGGUGUGGGUGUCUGUGCUGGACGUCAACGACAACCCACCCACGUUCCCUUUUGUGGUCAGGGUCAAGAGGGUGCCCGAGGACACUAAAGUGAACACCACCGUCAUCCCUGCGACGGAACUGCAGGCCCAGGACCUCGACAAAGAUGACAUCCUGUUCUAUAGCCUCCAGGAGGUGACCCCGGGUGCCAGUGCCUUCUUCUCCUUGGUGGGGGCAAACCUGCCCGCCCUGCAGCUGGACCGGACACUGGACUUGGACAGGUGGCCGAACAUGACCUUCCAGCUGCUGGUGCGGGACACUCGGGAAGAGAACGUGAAUCCCAGCCACACGGCCACGGCCACCUUGGUCCUGGAGGUGCAGCCCGUCGAUCUGCGGCCCCCCUGGUUCCUGCCCUGUGCCUACAGAGACUCUUACGUCUGCAUCCAGGCCCAGUACCACGGGGCUGUCCCCACCGGUUACCAACUGCCGACCCCCCUCAUCCUGGAUCCAGGGCCCAUCUACGCCGUGGACGGGGAUGCGGCCAUCAACCAGCGCAUCACCUAUAGCAUUAUAGGGGGACACGAGGACACAUUCACCAUUGACACCAACUCGGGCAACCUCACUAUGACCAGGAGUGUUGACAGCCCCAAGACUUUCCUUCUGUGGGUCAAGGGGGAACAGGAGGACCAGGCCCGCUACUCCGUGACCCAGGUCACAGUGGAGGCUCGAGACGCCAUUGGGAGCCUGCCCCGCUUCCCCGAGAGCCUGUACCGUGGCACGGUGGCACUGGGCGCAGAAGUGGGUGAGGCCGUCAAGGAUGCAGCAGCCCCCUCCCAGUCUCUGAGGAUUCGGGCCCAGGACCCUGACUUCCCAGACCUCAACUCGGCCAUCACAUAUGGAAUCACCAACAACUCCAACUUCCGAAUGGCUGGGGAGACUGUGCAGGUCGCCAAGCCGCUGGUGUACACAGGGGUCUUCUAUGCAGAGGUCGAGGCCAAGAACACAGUGACCGCAGGCACAGCGACCACAGUGGUGGAGAUACGAGUGUCAGAACAGGAGACCAUCCCCACAGACCCCCCAGGUCCCCCCACAUCCCCAGAGGCUGGAGGAACAGCUGGGCCCUCAAGCAGCAUCACUUCGGAAGCCCCCAGACCCCCAGGGCCCUCUCAGGAACCCUCCACGACCAGCUCUGGGGGGGGCACUGGCCUGCAGUCCCCCCCAGGCACAACUCUGAGGCCGCCUGCCUCGCCCACGCCUGAGGGGCCCUCCAGUGUGGGAACCAGCACCUCCCCUCCAUCAGCCUCGCCCAGUGGGGGCUCAGCACAGACCCAGAAGCCAGGAACCUCUCAGCCGAGGACCCCUGGGCCCAGCAGGACCCCCCAGCCCUCAGGCACGCCUGGGGCUGGAGGAGGCAGCGCCACAGGGGAUGGUGAGCCAGGCCACACUGGGGACCGGAACUUCUCGACAGCGGAGAUGGCGGCCGUGGGUGGCGUGCUAGGUGCCCUGCUGCUUCUAGCUCUCAUUGCCCUCACUGUCCUCAUCUAUAAGCACUACGGCCACCGAUGCAAGUGCUGUGCUGGCAAAGCUCUGGAGCCCCAGCCCGGUGGCUUUGACAACAAGGCCUUCCUUACCCACGAUGGUGAGGCCAACUGGGCACCGGCCCCCAGCCCAGAGCCCUGCCCCACCUCAGAUGAGGCCCCGCCCGAGCCCCUGGAGCCCACGCCCCUGGAGCCCGCGCCCCCCGCGCCCCCCAGCCUUGUGCCCCCCGCCUGCGUCCCCGAGUCCCCCAUGGCGGCCCAGGAUGGGGGCAGCCCCGCGGAGGUGAGGUCCAUCCUGACCAAGGAGCGGCGGCCUGAGGGCGGCUACAAGGCUGUGUGGUUCGGCGAGGACAUCGGCGCCGAGGCCGACGUGGUGGUCCUCAACGUGCCCACCUCGGACGCGGAUGGCGCGGGCGACUGGGACAGCCAGGGCGGCGGCGCGGCCGAGGGCGCCCCCAGUGACGGGCCCAGCGACUCCACCAACGACUAGCGCGGCGCCCCCGUCCCCCUCGCGGGCCUGGACCCCGAGUCGCUCAGCCGCUGUCCCCCACUGCACUGCGCAGAAUAAAGUGAUACUUUUGGAUCUGGG